ACUUCUUUCUGUCCUAAAAAGACAACAACAAUAACUAGUCAGACAGUUCACGCAAUAACAGGAACCUACUUGUACUGCCUUUGACGUGUAGACUUCCUCUUCUUCAUUCCUCAAUCUCUCCUCGAUUCAUCUCUCUCCCUCUCUAUAAUCCCUCUCAAAUCUCUCUGCAACCUCUCUCUCUCUCUCUCCCUCUCUCCCUCUCUCCUGUAUAUACUUGGUUAAUAUUGUUUUAUUUUUGGGUUGAAAAUGGAGGUUUCAUCUUCUUCAUAUUCACAACCACUUUGUCUUCACUUUCCACCACCGCAUCACCGCCGCGUCUCAGCCAGAUUCAACCCCCACAAAGCGCAGGGCCCUCUUUUUAUAUCCCCAAACUACCCUUUUGCCAGUUCUUGCUCAACUUCUAGUUCUUGCUCAUCUUUGUUUGGGAACACCUUGAAUUAUGUGUCUAUAGGGGUUUAUAAGCCCAGCCCACCUCUCAAAAAGAGAUCUUUCGAGGUUGUGUGUGGGGUUUUUGAGAGGUUUACUGAGAGAGCAAUCAAAGCUGUGAUGUUCUCUCAGAAAGAAGCCAAGGGUUUAGGCCAAAAAAUGGUGUUCACGCAGCAUCUGUUGUUGGGGUUGAUUGCGGAGGAUCGGUCUCCUUUGGGGUUUUUAGGAUCUGGUGUUACAAUUGAGAAGGCUAGAGAAGUUGUUAGAGAGGUUUGGAGUGAUGAAAUUGGUGAUCAGAAGGAUAAUGUGAAAGGGGGAAGUGGUAAUAAGGCUGAUUCAUCGAGCUCUGCUACAGAUGUUCCGUUUUCUGUUAGCACGAAGAGGGUGUUUGAGGCUGCGGUGGAGUAUUCGAAGAAUAUGGGGUAUCAUUUUAUUGCUCCGGAGCAUAUUGCUAUAGGAUUGUUUACGGUUGAUGAUGGUAAUGCUGGCCGUGUACUAAAGAGAUUAGGGGUAAACGCAAAUGAUUUGGCAACAGUAGCCGUUUCUAGGCUGCAAGGAGAGCUUGCAAAAGAUGGUAGAGACCCACCCACUCCAUCUAAACGAAUGCGCGAGAAAUCAGUUCCUGGAAAGGUCACUAUUGACAGAUCAUCUGAAAAGGCUAAAGAUAAAAGUGCUUUGGCCCAAUUCUGUGUUGAUCUUACUGCUCGUGCUAGUGACGGACUCAUUGAUCCAGUGAUUAGUCGGGAAACUGAAAUUCAGAGAAUCAUUCAAAUCCUUUGCAGAAAAACAAAAUGCAAUCCCAUUCUUCUUGGUGAAGCUGGGGUUGGAAAAACUGCUAUUGCUGAAGGGCUGGCAAUAAAUAUUUUGGAGGGAAAUGUUCCUGAAUUUCUCUUGACAAAGAGAAUAUUGUCAUUAGAUAUAGGUCUACUAAUCUCAGGAGCAAAAGAGAGGGGAGAGCUAGAGGGACGUGUAACUACUUUGCUGAAGGAAAUAAAAGAGUCAGGCAAAGUUGUUCUUUUCAUAGAUGAAGUGCACUCACUAAUUGGAUCGGGAACAGUUGGUAGAGGUAACAAGGGGUCUGGUCUUGACAUCGGCAAUCUUUUGAAACCAUCACUUGGGAGAGGUGAAAUACAGUGUAUUGCAUCUACAACUAUGGAUGAAUACCGGAUGCAUUUUGAGAAGGAUACAGCCUUGGCACGACGAUUCCAGCCAGUGCUGAUAAAUGAACCAAGCCAGGAGGAUGCUGUGAAAAUUCUCUUGGGCCUGCGUGAAAAGUAUGAAGUGCAUCACAGAUGUAGAUAUACAUUGGAGGCAAUUAAUGCUGCUGUGAUGCUUUCGGCAAGAUAUAUUCCUGAUAGGCAUCUUCCUGACAAAGCUAUUGAUCUUAUUGAUGAGGCGGGAAGCAAAUCGCGUAUGGAAUCCUACAAGAGAAGAAAAGCACAAGAAAUUCAUAUACUUACAAAGUCACCAGAUGAUUACUGGCAAGAGAUUAAAGAAGUUCAUGCCAUGCACGAAGUGGUUCUGGAGGGUAAAAGAAACAACUUGGAUGAAGCAUCCAGCAUGGAAGAUGACACCAAGCUUAAUCUGGAGCAGUCUGUAGCUAUGAGCAAUGAUGAUGAGUCAGUAGUCGGACCUGAUGAAAUCGCUGUAGUGGCUUCACUUUGGUCUGGGAUUCCUGUUCAGCAGCUCAAUGCUGAUGAAAGAAUGCUCUUGGUUGGUCUUGAAGAGAUGCUUAGGAAACGGGUCAUUGGUCAAGAUGAAGCUGUUGCUGCUAUUUCUCGAGCUGUUAAGAGAUCCCGUGUCGGCCUAAAAGAUCCUGAUAGGCCAAUUGCAGCAAUGCUUUUCUGUGGUCCAACUGGUGUUGGCAAAACAGAACUGACAAAAGCUUUGGCACAGUGCUAUUUUGGUUCUGAGGACGCAAUGCUAAGGCUCGACAUGAGUGAGUAUAUGGAGAGGCAUACAGUUAGCAAGUUGAUUGGCUCACCCCCAGGAUAUGUAGGCUACGGAGAGGGAGGCACUCUUACGGAGGCCAUUAGAAGGCGCCCUUUCACAGUUGUGUUGCUUGAUGAAAUUGAAAAAGCACAUCCAGAUAUAUUCAAUAUACUUCUCCAAUUGUUUGAAGAUGGUCACCUUACAGAUUCGCAGGGCCGAAGGGUAUCUUUUAAGAAUGCAUUAGUGGUGAUGACCUCUAAUGUGGGUUCUGCGGCCAUUGCGAAAGGUAGACAAAAUUCUAUAGGAGGUUUCUUUCAUGCUGAUGAUGAUGAGUCAGCUUCAUAUGCUGGAUUGAAAUCACUGGUGAUGGAAGAACUUAAGUCCUACUUCCGCCCUGAGUUACUCAACAGAAUAGAUGAAGUAGUUGUAUUCCGUUCAUUGGAAAAGACUCAGCUGCUCGAGAUACUGGAUAUUAUGUUGCAAGAGGUGAAGAAAAGGCUCUUAUCUCUUGGAAUUAAUUUAGAGGUGUCUAAAGCAACAUUGGACCUAAUAUGUGAACAAGGAUAUGACCGGAGUUAUGGUGCACGGCCACUUAGGAGGGCCGUUACUCUUUUAGUUGAGGAUCCCUUGAGUGAAGCAAUUCUUUCGGAAGAAUAUAAGCCUGGCGAUACAGCCAUUGUUGAUCUGGAUGAUUCAGGAAAUCCUGUUGUUACUAACAAAUCCAAUCAAAACUUACAGAUAACUGAUACAAAAUCGUUCUUGUAGGUCAUAGGUCAUCAAAAUCCGAAAAUAAUCUAAUCUAGUAUAUAUAUACCUUGUACAGCUGAGUACAUAAUGUGCAUUGUAGCCUUGUAGUCAAGUUAUUAAAUGUAUAAAUGAUAAAAUUAUUCUUCACACCAAUUUUAAGGUUUGGAGACCAAA